AAGACUUCCCUAUCUUUUUCCCCAACCGGCUUAAGAAUUUUCUUUUUCUUAUCAACACUAUGAAGAAGCUAUACCGGAAGGGCACCGUCCAUCCGUCUCCGGCGGUGACUACCGAUUGUCUCUCCUUCCUUCCGGCUGCUAUCUUGACUCUUGCUACUGCUCUGUCCCCGGAGGACAAAGAGGUCUUGGCCUAUCUCAUCUCUUGCCCCAAUACCAAUUUUCCCAACUUCUCCACUCAGCGGAAAAACACACCCAAGAACACGAAUAAAAGCGGCGGUGGCAGUGGAGGGGGAAGUGGACGUGAUCAUUCUCCCCUGUUUUCCUGUGAUUGCUUUAGGUGUUAUAUGAGUUACUGGGUCAGAUGGGACUCGUCGCCGAAUCGACAGCUUAUUCAUGAAAUAAUAGAUGCUUAUGAAGAUGGGUUGGCUCAAGCGAAGAAAACGAAGGGCAAGAAAGAAAGGAGAAAGAGAAACGGCGGUGAUGGGUCUGGUGAGUUGAAGCGGGCAGAGUUGAGUUUGGGGAAGGACGAGUCGACCGAGAUGGAAUCGGUGGAAGAUAGUAUCGUCGGCGGAGGCGACGGCGGUGCUGAGGGUGAGGAUUGCGGUGCUAAUGGUGAGGAAGGAGGAGAGAAGGGUUCGGUGAGGAAAUUUGUGAGCUUUAUCGGAGAGAGGAUCUGGGGUGUUUGGGGACAAUGAAUCAAGAGGAAAAUGAAUGAGAACCCAAAAA